GUAGUACAGGACUUUUUUACUUGAUUUGGUCUCAGGAAUAUGCUGCCAAUACCACUAUGUUAGUAAGCUGUGUACAUACUGUGUAUGUAUUGGCCAAACAAUUAAUGUGAUCUUCAAUAAUUUUGUAACAGUGCAUGCGAUUUCUGCGAAACACCGGUGAAUGAUUCAAGAAUUACGUCAUCGUGUCAAUGUGUCAUAAGUGACGGAUUUGAGAAAACAAUAUUUUCUAUCAAUCGCAUGGUUCCAGGUCCAAGUAUUCAGGUUUGCAGAAACGACUACCUUAUCAUUGAUUUAAAGAAUGAAGCCGAAGGUCUUGAAGCGAGUAUACAUUGGCAUGGCAUUUUUCAAAAUGGAUAUCAAUAUUAUGAUGGCGUACCAUACUUGACGCAAUGUCCAAUUGGAUCAGCUAAUACAUUCAGGUACAUAAUAAGUAAUAAAAUAUUUUUAUCUUAAUAUUAUUUUAGUCUU